AUGCUGAACAACCUGGCCGACUGCGAGGACGGCGACGGCGGCGCCAGCCAAGGCGAUGGCAAUCCCAAGGAGAGCAGCCCCUUCAUCAACAGCACGGACCUGGAAAAGGGCAAGGAGUACGAUGGCAAAAACAUGGCCCUCUUUGAGGAGGAGAUGGACACCAGUCCCAUGGUCUCGUCCCUGCUGAGUGGACUGGCCAACUACACCAACCUGCCACAGGGCAGCCGGGAGCAUGAGGAGGCUGAGAAUAAUGACGGGGGCAAGAAGAAACCGGUGCAGGCCCCACGGAUGGGAACCUUCAUGGGUGUCUACCUGCCCUGCCUCCAGAACAUCUUUGGGGUCAUUCUCUUCCUGCGCCUCACCUGGGUGGUGGGAAUUGCUGGCAUCAUGGAGUCCUUCUGCAUGGUCUUCCUCUGCUGCUCCUGCACAAUGCUGACAGCCAUCUCCAUGAGUGCGAUUGCCACCAACGGCGUGGUGCCAGCUGGUGGCUCCUACUACAUGAUCUCACGCUCCCUGGGACCUGAGUUUGGUGGGGCUGUGGGGCUCUGCUUCUACCUGGGCACCACCUUUGCCGGCGCCAUGUACAUCCUGGGCACCAUUGAAAUCUUGCUGGCCUACAUCUUCCCAGCCAUGGCCAUCUUCAAGGCAGAGGAUGCCAGCGGGGAGGCGGCUGCCAUGCUCAACAACAUGCGCGUGUACGGCACCUGCGUGCUGACCUGCAUGGCCACCGUGGUGUUCGUGGGGGUCAAGUAUGUCAACAAGUUUGCCCUGGUCUUCCUGGGCUGUGUCAUCCUCUCCAUCCUUGCCAUCUAUGCUGGCGUCAUCAAGUCAGCCUUCGACCCGCCCAGCUUCCCGAUCUGCCUCCUGGGCAACAGGACCCUCUCACGCCAUGGCUUUGACCUCUGCACUAAGAUGGUGGUGGAAGGGAAUGAGACGGUGGGCUCCAAGCUCUGGGAGCUUUUCUGCACCUCCCGCUUCCUGAAUGCCACCUGUGAUGAGUACUUCACCAUGAACAACGUGACCGAGAUCGAGGGCAUCCCUGGUGCUGCCAGUGGCCUCAUCCAAGAGAACCUCUGGAGCUCGUAUCUGACCAAGGGCGUGAUCGUGGAGAAGAGGGGGCUGCCCUCCGUGAGCCCCCCCGACACACCGGUGGACAUGGACCAGCCUUAUGUCUUCAGCGACAUGACCUCCUACUUCACCCUGCUCGUUGGCAUCUACUUCCCCUCGGUCACAGGCAUCAUGGCUGGCUCCAACCGCUCUGGAGACCUGCGAGAUGCCCAGAAGUCUAUCCCCACAGGCACCAUCCUGGCCAUUGCCACCACCUCUGCAGUCUAUAUCAGCUCCGUGGUUCUCUUCGGGGCGUGCAUCGAGGGGGUUGUCCUGCGUGAUAAGUUUGGUGAAGCUGUCAACGGGAACCUGGUGGUCGGCACCCUGGCAUGGCCGUCCCCAUGGGUCAUUGUCAUCGGCUCCUUCUUCUCCACAUGUGGGGCUGGACUGCAGAGCCUCACUGGAGCCCCCCGCCUCCUGCAAGCCAUCUCCAGGGAUGGGAUCGUGCCUUUCCUCAGGGUUUUUGGGCAUGGCAAAGCCAACGGAGAGCCAACGUGGGCCCUGCUGCUCACAGCCUGCAUCUGCGAGAUCGGGAUCCUGAUCGCCUCCCUGGAUGAGGUGGCUCCCAUCCUCUCCAUGUUCUUCCUCAUGUGCUACAUGUUUGUCAACCUGGCAUGCGCUGUACAGACGCUGCUGCGGACACCUAACUGGCGCCCACGCUUCCGCUACUACCACUGGACCCUGUCCUUCCUGGGCAUGAGCCUCUGCCUGGCGCUGAUGUUCAUCUGCUCCUGGUACUACGCACUGGUGGCCAUGCUGAUUGCUGGCCUCAUCUACAAAUACAUCGAGUACCGUGGGGCAGAGAAGGAGUGGGGUGAUGGCAUCCGUGGGCUGUCCCUGAGCGCUGCCCGCUAUGCCCUGCUGCGGCUGGAGGAGGGACCUCCCCACACCAAGAACUGGAGGCCACAGCUGCUGGUGCUGGUCCGCGGGGACCAGGAGCAGAACGUGGUGCACCCGCAGCUCCUGUCCUUCACAUCGCAGCUCAAGGCUGGCAAGGGACUCACCAUUGUGGCCUCUGUGCUGGAAGGGACAUUUCUGGACAACCACCCACAGGCACAGAGGGCAGAGGAGUCCAUCCGCCGCCUGAUGGAAGCAGAGAAGGUGAAGGGCUUCUGCCAGGUGGUGAUCUCCUCCAACCUGCGUGACGGCAUGUCCCACCUCAUCCAGUCCAGCGGGCUGGGUGGGCUGCAGCACAACACCGUGCUGGUGGGCUGGCCCCGCAGCUGGCGCCAGAAGGAGGACCACCAGACCUGGAGGAACUUCAUCGAGCUGGUGCGAGAGACCACAGCCGGGCACCUGGCCUUGCUGGUGGCCAAGAAUGUCGCCAUGUUCCCGGGCAACCAGGAGCGGUUCUCAGAGGGCCACAUCGAUGUCUGGUGGAUUGUCCAUGACGGGGGGAUGCUCAUGCUGCUGCCCUUCCUCCUGCGGCACCACAAGGUCUGGCGCAAGUGCAAGAUGCGGAUCUUCACGGUGGCACAGAUGGACGACAACAGCAUCCAGAUGAAGAAGGACCUGACCACAUUCCUGUACCACCUGCGCAUCACUGCAGAGGUGGAGGUGGUGGAGAUGCACGAGAGCGACAUCUCUGCCUACACCUACGAGAAGACUCUGGUGAUGGAGCAGCGCUCACAGAUCCUCAAGCAAAUGCACCUCACCAAGAACGAGCGGGAGCGGGAGAUCCAGAGCAUCACGGAUGAGUCCCGCGGCUCCAUCCGGCGCAAGAACCCGGCCAACACACGCCUGCGCCUGAAUGUCCCUGAGGAGCAGGUGGGAGAUGGCGAAGAGAAGCCGGAGGAGGAGGUCCAGCUGAUCCACGACAAAAAUGCCACCACCUUCUCCAGCAGCUCCCAGUCUCCUGGUGAUGAGGUGGAGACAGCCCCUGAGAAGGUCCAUCUCACCUGGACCAAGGAGAAGUCUGUUGCAGAGAAGAACAAGAGCAAGAGCCCUGUCAGCCCUGAGGGCAUCAAGGACUUCUUCAACAUGAAGCCGGAAUGGGAGAACCUGAACCAGUCCAACGUGAGGAGGAUGCACACGGCUGUGAAGCUCAAUGAAGUGAUUGUGAAGAAGUCCCAGGAUGCCAAGCUGGUCCUGCUGAACAUGCCAGGGCCUCCCCGCAACAGGAAAGGGGAUGAGAACUACAUGGAGUUCCUGGAGGUGCUGACAGAGCACCUGGACCGAGUGCUCCUGGUGCGUGGUGGGGGCCGGGAGGUCAUCACCAUCUACUCCUGA